UGUUGUCACCUGAACAAGCGUGGCACAUUACAACAGAAUCAAGAAUUUCGUGCGAAGGCCUUAGACAACUGAACCCUAAAUCCCUCUCUUCAUUUCAUCUCUGUCUCACACCAUUGACUUCUCAUUCGAAGCUCCGUUUAACAUCUCAGAAAGCUCUAAUUUUUCUUCGGGAUUUUUGUUAGGAGUUUUGUUGCAGAUAUUAUUCCGGGGAUAUUAUCGUCUAUGACGAUGGAGAUGGAAAAGGAGCGAGUCAGGAAACGACCUCGACUCACAUGGGACGUAGCACCAUUAGAACCAGAGACGCAAAGGGCUCUGGUGACGGGGCAUGAAGUCGCAGCAAGGCACGCAUCACCGCCUAAAAGGGAUGAUGACCGCGAGGGGCAUUAUGUGUUUAAUCUUGGAGAGAAUCUCACUUCUAGAUAUAAAAUACUUGGCAAGAUGGGUGAAGGCACUUUUGGCCGAGUUUUAGAAUGUUGGGAUCGUCAAACAAAAGAGUAUGUGGCAAUCAAGGUAGUUCGUAGCAUACGGAAGUACCGCGAUGCAGCAAUGAUUGAAGUUGAUGUGCUUCAACAUCUGGCUAAGAAUGAAAGAGGCAGCUCACGUUGUGUACAGAUCAGAAACUGGUUCGACUACCGCAAUCACAUAUGUAUUGUAUUUGAGAAGCUUGGACCAAGUUUAUUUGAUUUUCUAAAGAGAAAUAAAUACUGCCCAUUUCCUGUGGAUCUUGUUCGGGAAUUUGGACGUCAGCUUUUGGAAUCUGUAGCAUAUAUGCAUGAGUUACGGUUAAUUCACACUGAUCUGAAGCCAGAAAAUAUACUUCUUGUGUCCUCUGAAUACAUAAAGCUUCCAGGCUGCAAGAGGAGUUCAUCAGAUGAAACACAUUUCAGGUGCUUGCCAAAGUCCAGCGCCAUUAAGCUGAUUGAUUUUGGUAGUACUGCAUUUGAUAAUCACAACCAUAGCUCCAUUGUUUCAACAAGGCAUUACAGAGCCCCUGAGGUCAUUCUAGGUAACUAGUUGUGUGCUGGCACAUUAGAAUUUGUUUUCCUCAUUUGCUUUAUAAGUAUGCUGUAUACUUAGCACCCAUAACAGCUGCUAGUCUCCUGGUCUAGUGGAUUUAUAAGUUUUAGAGAGAAUGGGUAUUGAAUUCCCACCAGUAGAUUAGGGAACAUAGGUUAUUACCUUCUCAUAAAGUUUUGAAAAUGCUUCAUGGAGGUUAAAUGUGGCUAUAUUUUCAAUAUUCUGAACUUUCCUUAGACUUGUUUGUUAGCAUGGUCCUUUGUCAUAAGAAUGAGAUUAUUGAAUUCCUGAGCUGUUAUUAGAAUUUCUAUUCAUCAUUUGGCUUCUUAGCAACCUCAUCGGCAUGUGUACCUCAUGCUUCUAUUG